CGGUUGCUGCCUUUUGCUCCCGUUUCGCAAGCAGAGCACACCAUCGGCCAUCGCACGUUGCGUACGAUUCCAUUGGUGCAGUCUCUGCGGCUUCCGGCAAUCGAGCGCUGCCCCUCUGUGCAGCCCCCAGUGCAGCCCCCAAGUGCGGCACGUCGGGCAGCCCUGGAGCCGUGCGGCCUGCCCUUUGGUACCGUGGGACAGCCCUUAGAGCGCUGCGGACUUGAGAGAAUUGCGGCCAGCCCUCGGGCACCGCUGGCAAUGAGUGCGCCUGCGACGAGCGGCGCGAAGCCGCCCACGCUACCACUGUCCAAGGCACGCCGCGAGCUAGCAGAAUUGCUCGAACACGCCAGGACGCUCGAAGCGGACGGCGACACGACGCGGCUCCUCUCGCAGGACAGCCCGACGAGUGGCACUGAAGGCGGCCCGCAGAUCGCGCGCUGGGGCGUGAAGAUCAACGACGAGUACUGCAUCAUCGCGGCGCGGAAGGUCGACGAGGACCGGAGGCUGCGUUUUGAUGUUUAUAAUACAAGGACGUCGACGCAGCACGCGUUGGUGUGUCGCCACGCGGACGUCGUGGCGAGCGGCGAGACGUCCGUCGCGGCCGUGGCGCGGGCGAUCGCCCUCGAUUUGCGCUUCGACGGGACGAACCGGUUGGUGUUCGGGCCGCACGUCCCGGCGUCGUGGGUGAGCCAUGAUUAA